AUGUACUGCCACCUGCUGUGCGGGCUGGCGGGGCGCGAGCGCGUGACGGCGCUGCGCGCAAACUUUCUGAUCCACAUUCUGUCGGGGGUGCAGUUCCUGGAGAAGCACUGGCAGAGCUUAGUCAGCGAUCUCCGCAACGGCACGGUCAACCCGGACAUGGUACCCGAGAGCGCUCUCCGGUCCGCGGUCGAGAAGAAAGUGCGCGCGCAGCCCGAGGGCGCUUCCGCUCUCGAGGCGGAAUUCCGGCGGGGCUUCGACGGAAUCUUGCCACGCGUCUUCCCGGCGGUGUACUCGGUCCAGGCGGUGUGUACCGGGAGCAUGCUGCAGUACGUACCGCUGAUGGAGAAGUUUGCAGGUCCUUCCGUGCAGCUUCUCACGCCCUUUUAUGCCGCCAGCGAACCGUCGACGAUCGGGGUCUGCCUCGAUCUCAAAACCCACCCACGAGAUGUUGCUUAUACCAUCAUUCCCCGAGCGGUCUUCUGGGAGUUCAUUCCGUUGGACCAAGCCGAGGGCGAUGAACCGGUAACCAAGCUUUUGCACGAACUAGAGGAGGCAAGGAGCUACGAACUCGUGCUGACGAACGUGUCGGGGCUGUACCGUUACGGGUUAGAGGACGUGGUUAAGGUGACCGGGUUUUGGCACGGGUUGCCGCAGGUGCAGUAUGAGUACCGCCGGGGGAUGUUGACGAUAACCGCCAAGCCUGAGAAGGUAACAGAAAAGGAUUUAGCGGUUGCAAUUGGGGAGAUGGAAAAGUGGUUGCCGGCGGAAAGCGGCAGAGUUUUGGAUUACACUGUUGCGAUCGAUACGGAAGCAGAUCCUGAGCGGUAUUCCGUUUUCGUUGAAGUCAACGGAAAUGAAGAAACGGUCAUGGAAGAAAUUCUGGGCGCCUGUGCGGAUGCUUUCGAUGCGUCUCUGCAGAAGAACCCGGAUUACGUACAUUAUAGACUGCGAGCGCAAAUAGGCACGGCCGAAAUCUGCUUAGUGAAGAGGGGAGCGUUCGACGAAUUCAGGGCCUGGAAAGUGGAAAAGGGCACCGACACGGCUCAGUAUAAGGUGCCGCGUUGCUUGAAGACGCCGGAGCAGCAGGCCGUCUUUCGCACUCGUUUGCUCAGGAGCUCCGCGAAAGACUGCCAUUGGUUCAAGCUCAAUUGAGCUUUGCAGAUGUCGUAGUUGAGUGAUCACGGAUUUGUAACUUGUAUGCCGUAGCGGGCUCUCGAUCCCGGCUGCAGCGUAGUGGCGAAGUUCGUUGAGUCACCGUUUUGUAGAAUAGUUGUUGAAAGCAGGUCGCAUAGUCUUGCCGCUAUUGCAGACUGAGCUCAACGGAGUACAGAUCGAGAGAAGCAACGGUGCAGAAAUA